AUGAGUCCGAAGUACCCAAAGGUUGUAGGCUACGAACUCAUCCAACAGAUAGGUGGUGGUGGCUUCUCAACAGUCUUCCGCGCCGUGAACAUCAAGGAGCACCGUGUGGCUGCAUGUAAGGUCAUCGCGCUGACGGAGCAGUCCACGGAGAAGGAGCGCAAAACGAUCGACAAGGAGAUGCGCGUGCACGCCGCUUUGAAGCAUCAGCACGUCCUCGAGUUCAUCAAUGCUGUCGUUGUCGAGCCGAAGCACAAACACCAAUACGUGCCGGGGAUAUACAUGUUGCUAGAACUCGCUGCGGGAGGGGAUCUAUUUGAUAAGAUUGCCCCCGACGAAGGUGUUGGCGACCAAGUGGCACAUUACUAUUUCCUUCAGCUGAUCGCCGGUAUGGAAUACAUACACUCGGAGGGAGUCUGCCAUCGCGAUCUGAAGCCCGAGAACCUCCUCCUCGACGCCGCCGGCACGCUCAAGAUCUCUGACUUUGGACUGUCGGCCGUAUUCCGCCUCAAACAGUCGGGAAAGACGCGGACGCUUACCGAACGUUGCGGGAGCUUGCCGUACGUCGCGCCUGAGUUGAACUCGGAUGACCCGUACGAUGCUGAGCCGGUGGAUGUGUGGGGUGUGGGGGUGAUCCUGUUCACGAUGCUUGCGGGCAAUACGCCUUGGGACGAGCCAACGCUGCACAGUCCCGAAUAUGUCAGGUACAUGUCGGGCAAAAUCUUCGCCGAAGACCCGUGGAAUCGGCUGGGCGACAGCGCGCUCUCUCUGAUUCGCGGGAUGCUCACGGUCAAUCCCGCGACGCGUUUCACCCUGCGAGAUGCCCAGCAACACCCAUGGGUAAUGAAACCGAGUCAACUAGCGAAUCGCGGUGUGAGCGAAUUGGCGGAUAAACUAACAGAGGGGCUGCGGAUUAACGGAGACAUGGGAUACGCUGCGCCGAACUUGGACGCUGAGAAUCGCAUGGACGAGGACGGCGAUAUGAUCAUGCUCUCCGCCGCGAAUCGCUCUCAAUUCACGCAGACCCUCAUGCUCUUCUCGCAAACGCAAACAGGACAGCGCUACACGCCCCACCUGACGCGCUUCUACGCGUCGCUCGGCCCCCCGCUGCUGCUUGCGCUGAUCAAGGAAAGCCUCGAGGGCCUCAAUGUCAAGUGCAAAGACCAGCCGCCGCGCCCCAUAUACGAUGCCGGCGACGGCGGAGGGCUGCAGCACCGUCUCCGCAUUGGGGGCUUCGAUAAGAGGAAGGUGAUGUUCAAGGGCUGGGUCGAGGUGGAGCCCUUUGAGUACCGCGGGUCGGACGGCAGCUUUUGUGUGAUGCAGCGCGAUGAGGGCAGCCCGAUUUCGUGGCGGCAGCUGUGGAAGGCGUUGAUCAUAUCGCCUGCAGUUGAACCACACGUUCUCCGCAAGUGA